AUGGAUGCAAAAGAAAUGAUCACAACAGUCGUGUUACAACCAAACGAUCAGGAAUACAAAGAUGUUGUAGAUAAAUUCAAACACGGAUCUGGUGUAAAAUGUGACAUUAUUCGGAUUGAACGAAUUCAGAACAGAGCUUUGUAUAUGCAAUACGUUGCCAGAAAGAAGUUAAUGGAUUCAAUAAACCCAUCAGGGUGCCAAAAUGAACGUUUGCUAUGGCAUGGUACUGCAUCGGAGGCCGUAGAUGGUAUUAACACAUAUGGCUUCAAUAGAAGCUAUUCCGGAAAAAACGCUGCACUCUAUGGCAACGGAGUGUACUUUGCAGAAUAUCCAUCGUAUUCGUCCAAUAAACAAUACGCACAACCUGAUCAAAGUAGUAAUAAAAGAGUAUACCUAUGCAAAGUGCUUGUCGGCGAAUAUGUCAAAGGAGAACGAAACAUGAAAGUUCCUCCACAAAAACCUGGAGCGUCAGGAUCACACAUUUUAUACGACAGUGUUGUUGACAAUCAAUCAUCUCCAAAGAUAUUUGUUAUAUUUCACGACACGCAAGCUUACCCUGAUUAUCUUAUAGUGUUUAAAUAGUGAAUAAUUGUAAUCAUUAUAAAUCAUAAUACAAACUUUAAAAGAGUCAACAACAUCCUGGUUACUGCAAGGAAAUCCGUGUACUUUGUCACCUUAAUUUAUCACUUAGAUUGGCGUCUAGAUAAAUAUACAUUUAAAACAAAAACCAAAGUAAAUGACAUGAAGUAUGAUAACAGAAGUUAAAAGCAAGUGACGCCACAAUAUACGUAACGAUUGGGUACAUUCAAGAGACAGUGAAAGGAAAAAUAAAUGAUAGAUUAUGAGUAUUCCUAAAUCAACAAAAACAUUUACUGGUUGUUUCUUUUUCUUCUAACAAGCUUUACUCGGAAGGAGGUACUUCAAAUGCGACCAAAUAUAUUGAGAUGAAGAAAAGUCUCAUAUUUUUUUAAUAACACUAAAAAACAAUAUAUUCAUGAAGAUUUAUUAAAACCGCAAAAUAGUUCGUCAUCCAUCCUAAAUACUUUACCAUUCU